GCGCGCUCAGUAUGGCUCAGUCUGCAUCGGGCUGUUGGACGGAUCGCGUCAACCGAACUUCGGAGCCAGCGUAGUGGGUCCUGAGCUUCAACGGAUCACCGUUGGUGCCCUUCGAUCGGUCCAGGGUGUCCCGAAGAUCGCGACCUGCUUCCCCUGGAAAAGUAUCCAUCGAUCGUCUGGGAGAAUCAUGGCGGACCCAACGAUGGAAGACAUGCCCGACAGGAUAGCUGAGGUUUUUGAGGGCCGGGAAAUUUUGCUGACUGGAGGGACGGGAUUUUUGGGGAAAGUCAUGAUGGAGAAGUUCCUGCGAUGCCUCCCCAAAGUUGGAAAGAUUUACAUACUCGUCAGACCGAAGAAGGGUAAGGACCCCAAACACCGACUGGAUGACAUCUUCAAUUCCGCAUUGUUCGAAAAGGUCCGCGAACAAAGAGGUCUGGCAGCUUUGCAGGAUUCGGUUACGGUAAUCAGUGGAGAUGUGUCCCUUCCAGGUUUGGGUAUUUCUCCGGAAGACCGAAAGUUGCUUUGCGACAGAGUUAGUAUAGUAUACCAUGCAGCGGCUACUGUCAGAUUUGACGAGCUGCUAAAGAAAGCCGUUAUACUUAACACGAGAGGUACGAAGCAAAUGUUAGACCUGGCGAAGGAAAUGAAAAAGUUGAUACUUUUUGCCCACAUCAGUACAGCGUAUUGCCAUCUGGAGGAGAAGGUUUUGGGCGAACAACCAUAUCCACCGCCUGCGGAUCCUCACAAGAUCAUCAAGUGUGUCGAAUGGAUGGAGGACGAAGUUGUCGAAGCGAUGACCGACAAGAUCCUUGGCAACUUACCGAACACUUACGCCUUUACCAAAGCGUUAUCCGAGGGUCUUGUCGAGGAAGCAAUGCCACAUGUGCCGGCAAUCAUUUUGCGUCCUAGCAUAGUGAUCCCAGUCUGGAAGGAGCCAAUUCCGGGUUGGACGGACAAUAUCAAUGGACCUACGGGUCUUUUGAUAGGAGCUGGAAAGGGUGUCAUCAGGACAAUGUACUGCAACGAAGACGGUUACGCGGAUUAUCUUCCCGUUGACAUCGCUGUGAACGCCAUACUCGCUAGCUCCUGGAACUUCAUUUAUUUCAAAGAUCACGAGAAACGGGUCUACAACCUCACUAGUAGUAGUGAAUUCAAGGUGUCGUGGGCAGAGAUUAUAGAGAGAGGACGUCGAAUCACCGAGAAAGUGCCUUUAAACGGGAUUGUUUGGUAUCCUGGGGGGAGUAUGAAGAAAUCACGACUUAUGCACAAUAUUUGCGUACUACUGUUCCACAUGAUACCAGCCUACCUCAUCGAUGCAUUAAUAUUCCUCGCCGGUCACAAGCCAAUCAUGUGUCGAGUCCAUCGACGUAUUCAAAAAGGAUUUGAGGUUUUUGAAUAUUACGCUAACAAUCAGUGGGAAUUUAUUAACUCAAACAUGUUAGGAGUCAGGGAUAAAUUUAAUCCUCGAGAGAAGAAGAAUUAUCAGCUCCAUGGUGAUGACAUGGAUAUAGAUGCAUAUUUUGAGGACUGCAUAAGGGCUGCAAGAAUCUACAUACUGAACGAACCACCCGAUACGUUACCAGCAGCCCGUCGACACUUGAGAGUGAUGUACUGGGUGGACGUAAUCACAAAGAUCCUAUUUUGCGUAUUUCUGAUCUACCUGCUGGCUUCUUGGAGUGACAGCUUUCGAUCGCUGGUGUUCAGCAGUUGGACGUAUAUUUCUAAGAUACAAUCUCCAUAACUGAUUCCACAUAGUCUUAAUCUUUCAAGUACCUUUGCAUUAUAAUAUGACCAAAUAAAACGUUAAUUCUAUGCAGUUUGUUUA